GGUCCCUCCCAAUAUCAAAACAUCAGCCAGCCACGUCAAAGCACCGCUCCACCUAGUAGGACUGCCACUCCUCUCAGUCUCUCUCGCAGUCAGCGUCAGUUCCCCGCUAACCUCGCAUUGAGAAGGUGUUGUCGAACAGAUAUCGCAAGAAAGUAAGGGAUAUCAAGUGAAGGAGAGAGAGACAGGUCGUCUUGUCUUGGUUCUCCCAUCAUGAAGAUGCUUGGAGUGCCAUUUGCCCUGGUUUGGGUGGUUUUCGGGCUGUCCUGCAUUCUCGCUGGAAAAGUGAACAAACACAAGCCGUGGAUCGAGACGUCGUACCAUGGGGUGAUCACGGAGAACAUGGACACCGUCCUGCUGGACCCUCCCUUGGUGGCCUUGGACAAGGACGCCCCUGUCCCCUACGCAGGGGAGAUCUGUGCGUUUAUGAUCCAUGGGCAGGAGGCCCCGUUCGAGGCGGUGGUCCUCAACAAGACGUCAGGGGAGGGGGUCCUGAGGGCCAAGGGCCUGGUGGACUGUGAGACCCAAAAGGAGUACACCUUCGUCAUCCAGGCCUACGACUGUGGGGCCGGGGCCAACGGGGUCAGCUGGAAGAAGUCACACAAGGCGGUGGUUCACAUCCAGGUGGAUGACGUGAAUGAGUUCUCUCCUGUGUUCCGGGAGGCCGUAUACCAUGCUGCGGUAACGGAGGGGAAGAUCUACGACAGCAUCCUGCAGGUGGAGGCCUGGGACCAGGAUUGUUCCCCGCAGUACAGCCAGAUCUGCAACUACGACAUCGUCACCUCCGACACACCCUUCGCCAUUGACCGCAAUGGCAACAUCAGAAACACGGAGCGACUGAGCUACGACAAGCAGCUGCGCUACAAGAUCAUGGUGACCGCCUUCGACUGCGGCCAAAAGAGGGCGACGGAGAGUGUGGCGGUGCACAUCGAUGUCAAGCCCGUCUGCAAACCUGGCUGGCAAGGCUGGAACAAACGAAUGGACUAUGAGCCCGGAACGGGAAGCAAGCAACUGUUUCCCAAGAUGCACCUUGAGACUUGUGACGGCCCGCUGUCGGCGGUGAGAGCCAUGGUGGAGCUGCAGACCAGCCACAUUGGGAAGGGCUGCGACCGAGAGACCUACUCUGAGAAGUCCCUACAGAAACUCUGUGGUGCGGCGUCCGGCAGCACGGACCUCCUCCCCGCCCCCAGCGCUUCCACCAAUUGGACGGCCUCGCUGCUGACAGACAGUGGGCGGGAUAGCGACCUCAUCUUCCGCUUCGACGGGCGGCAGGCCUCCAACGUGCCGGAGCGGGUGGUUCCACAGAACCUGACUGACCAGUUCACCAUCGCCACGUGGAUGAAGCAUGGGCCCAGCCCUGGUCUGAGGGCUGAGAAGGAGACCUUGCUCUGCAACUCUGACAAGACCGAGAUGAACCGGCACCACUACUCCCUGUACGUCCACAACUGCCGUCUGGUUUUCCUGCUCAGGAGAGACUUCACCCAGGUUGACACCUUCCGCCCUGCAGAGUUCCACUGGAAACUGGAGCAGAUCUGUGACAAGGAGUGGCACUACUACGUGAUCAAUGUGGAGUUCCCUGCCGUGAUUCUCUUCGUAGAUGGCGUAACCUACGAACCCUACCUGGUGACCGACGAUUGGCCCAUCCAUCCCUCAUCAAUUGACACCCAGCUGACAGUGGGUGCCUGCUGGCAAGGUGGUGAGGUGUCCAACCCGCGGUUCACCCAGUACUUCCGGGGAAGUCUGUCAGGUCUGACCAUCCGGCCAGGCAAGAUAGAGACCCAGAAGGUCAUCUCCUGUCUACAGGCCUGUAAGGAAGGACUGGACAUCAACUCACUGGAGAGCCUGGGCAAGGAUAUCAAGUUUCACUUUAACCCGGCCCAGUCUGUGCUGGUGAUGGAGGGAGAGGACCUGGAGAGUGUCAACACAGCCAUGGCCAAGGUCUCCUACAUCAACUCACGCCAGUUCCCCACAGCAGGCCUCAGACGGCUACACAUCACCACCACCGUACAGUGUUUCGGGGAGGACAUAUGCAUCUCCAUCCCAGACAUUAAGGCAGUAGUGAUAGUCCUGCCACCCAGCGAGCCAUGGAUCACCAUCGCUGGUUCAGAUCGACUCGUCAAGCCUUCCGCUGACCUGCGUGGAGCCAUGGGCGUGGCACCCUUCAAGGAGCUGCGCAUCACCAGCACUGUAACCAAGAGCGACGGUAUGCCGUUCAGCGCAGUCCACAGGCCUGGUGUUCUGGAGGUUAUGCACAACCUGGAUUACUGUGAUGUCCUGGUGAUCGGAGAGGAGCUCAAUCCAGAGCAUGAGAGUCUGGAGAUUCACCACAGUUCCCUAAUAGGGAAACACCUGGAUGCCACAAACUCCACCUCAGGCAUCUCCAUAUAUGGUGUGGACUCCAUGGCCCACUAUGAGGAGGCCCUCAGGCAGGUGCGCUAUAGGAACUGGCACCCGGCGACCCUGACUAACAGGAGGUUCAGGCUCACCUGCUCCGAGCUCAACGGCCGCUACACCAGCAACGAGUUCAAUCUGGAGAUUAGUGUCCUCCACAACUCAGCACCCGUAGAGCAUGUCAAUCACAUGGCUGUCCAAUCCCAGUACAUGCGGCCUGUGCAUCAUCCACUGAUGGUGCACACUCUCAAUUCCCACAUCUCAGGCACCCCUCCAGCUGCCACGGUGGUGAUAGUGAUCUGUAUCGCCGCCCUGGUGGUCAUAGUGGUGCUGGGCAUCUACAGGCUCCACAGUACCCACCAGGACGGCUCCAAGAGGGAGGAGGACGGGGCCAAGGACCCAAAGAUGGACUGGGACGACUCCACCCUCACCAUCACAGUCAACCCUAUGGAGGCGGUGGAGGAGGGGGUAAGAGACGAAGAGGAAGAGGAUGAUGAAGAGGAAGAGGACGAUGAGCAGGCAGGCGACAUGAGUGCAGAGUCAGGCGACAGUGAUGAAACAGAGGAGGAAGAGGAGGAUGAGAGGGAAGUGAAGAAGGAGGGAAAGCAGAAGAGCAAGCUGGAAUGGGAUAGCUCCUCGAUAACGUAUUGAUCUGUCCCACAUGUACACACACCUACAGAAUCUGCAGUCACAAUCAUUUGUGAAAACGGCACAUUUUUUUAAAUGAAAUGUUGCUCUCUUCUGGUCAAACUAAGGCAUUACAACCAAAAAGGUUGACUAGCCAUAAGCAAUUGUCCACUUCUCUUGCCAGUGGAGCUGAUUUCUCCCAUUUGUGUGUAACUGCUCGAUCCUAUUUAAGACUGCCAUUGACAACACAAUAGGGCCAAUUGAAAAUUUGCACAAGCACAUUUCCACCUUAUAUCCAAUGGCUUGUUCAUCUGUGUUGAAUUAUUUCUGGGUUUGGACACAAAAGAUUGGACACCAGAUUUUCCCCCGUUAUCUAUCUCAAUUGCUUUUGAGUUACUAAUACAAAAAGAUCUUGGAAAAUUGUUCAUUGUAAAUUGUACGUCCGCUCUUUAGCAUUAAUACAAAUUGUGGAAUUUUUUUGCAAUUUUAAUACGGUACUUUUAAAGUAUUUUUUGUUUGCAUUAGAUUAUGAGAUUAUAUUUUAUUCGUUUUAAAUCUUGGAAACGUUUAUUUUACGUCUUCUGAAAGACAGACAAACAAAUUGUCAUUAACAGAGGUAUAAGAGAGGAUGUAUUUACAAACAAAUUUUGAACAUUUUGAUAGAUUCUCCUUUUUUUUGUCUGUCUGCCUGGUUCUUUUUCUUGAACAUAUAUGAAAAAGCGAGAGAAGUUCCUGUAUGUUUUUAUAAAUCCCUCGUGACGCGUAUAUAGCAGGUAGCAUAGCUGAACUAUAAUUCACCUCGUCUCUCAUCUAUCUUUUCUCAAACUGUAUGUCCAAAUGUGCUUGCAUCAGGGGCAUUUUGAGUAGUCAAGUUGCUCCUGACCACAUAUUUAGAAUCAAAUGACCUUCCCUCAAUCCGAACUUUAAACAUUUGGAGGGAAAAAAUGGACAACUGACCCUAGAUUAGUGCUUGAGGGUGACUUUAUAGUGCUCAUGGUCAUUUCGAUCUCUGUGUUUGCUAUUGACUGCCCCUGCGUCUGUCCACCUACUUCUGAGGCCACUAUUAUUGGCUUGACAGGUUAGCAUUUUCAGCCUGGGCGCAGAAACAACUUGUCACAUUGGGCGCGUUCGAGCGGAUCACUUUUGUCAAGUCGGCGCAUUGGUCACCGCCUUUCAAAGUGUGUUGCCAUUAUGAGAAUAAAAAUUGUCUUACUUGCGCCUACAUGUCGCCUGCAUUAACUUUACAAAAAUCACGUGAUCAAAAGGUAAUGACUUUAGACUGCAGUCGACCGCUAGUUUCUGCAGUCGCUCUUCAUUAACUUCUUCCUGCAGCAAUCUCCUGCAUUGUGGGAGGCUCUAUUGUCAGCCAAUCAUGAGGGUGUUUUUAUUUAACCCACGAGAAAGGACUCAAACAAGAUAUAUCUAAAUGAGUGCGAUAUUUUAGGCUCUCUCUCACUAAAUUGAUUGUAGCCUACAAUGUACACACAUUUGAUUUCAGUUUGAUUGAUAUGGGGGUUGGAGAUGUUUAUUUUGACAUUAUAAAGAAGAAGUUACCAAUUGCAACACGGCCAUGUUAAUCUGAGCUUUGCCUUUUGAAAACCACAUUAGUGUCCGACUUUCGGCUGUCGCAGUUUCUCCUCCCACGACUUCAGUCCUCGACGUUCGUCUACAGUCGUUUGCUUUAGCCGUACCACUCAAACACACCCAUUCUCUUUGGGUACAUCUCAAUGGGCUAAAGGGGCUCCCUCUCCUUGUUUUCUUUCCUUCACCUGCCAUCAAAAACACAGGUUAAGGUGAAAGGAAACUGGUGGGUGCCUUUGCCUACCAGAAUUCUGCUUCCACCUGCCCAUUUCAUGUCGAGACAGAUUAAGGAAAGGAGUCAAAGAGACUGAGUAUUGAGAUACACCCCUUAUGUUUUUCUAUGACAGGCCACCUCUGUCAGAAGUCCCACUGUAAAAAAACUAACUAUUGAUCCUCUCGCUCCUUCUCUGGUCGCCUAUAACAUGUCUGCUGUAGUUGAAUCUAGCCAACUCCUUGUUUCUGACCCCUUGUAUUUCCCAGAAUGCCACUCUAAACACUGCAUCCGUUACAUGUUUAUGUCUGUAGCAGUGGUUAGAACUCUUCCCCCCCCGUCGGCCUUAACGCCUGUGGUUGUAAUGUUAUCAUUGUGAGACGCGUCUACCAUUGCCUUGUUUCACCCCAUCUUUAUACCAUGGGAGAAUCUCAAUUGCACACUCCUCACAUCCUCUGUCCUCGCCUCCUUCUUAAAGCCCAUUGGAUGAGAAAGCCAGAGGUCCUGCCCCUCUGACCUUCUCCUCCAAUGGGUUUUGGGGUAGGCGGCUUGCGAGAACGUGAGAAGUAGGCAAUUGAAAUUCUCACCAUGCGUGUCAUAGAGGAGUACAAAUAAACUGUUUAGCAUAUAAACCCUUUAAAAACAGUACAAGACAGUUAUUUUAUAUAUGAUUAUUUUUGUUUUGUUUUGUAAAUGUUUGGGGUUUCUUUCUCUUUGGUCGUAAUGGCAGCACUUUCUGUACAUUGACCAAUAAAGACUUGUUUUAGAAUCUA